UUAUGUUCAAACUAACUGGAGUCAUCAUUGUUAAGGUUUCCCCCAUAUUGCAAAUGCAUUUCACAAAAGUGACACCUGCACCUGAACUAAUUCAUUAGAAUUUGAUGAAACUGCAUGGACAUUUGUUAUUAGAGGUGGGUGAGGUUUACAUACCGUUUUACAGAAGGGGGCAGUGUUAUCAGGUCAAACGGAUAAAUGGAUUAUUUAAGACAAUGAUUUGUAAAACAAGAACAGAUGUGAAAUCAACCAAAGAAAACCGUGACUUCCUUCAGUGUGGGCAAGGACUGUUUUUAGUUAAAUUGUGGGCACUAUAGUUUCAAUUAUGUGCAGAUUUGGAAUGUCUGGUUAAAAUUGCCACCCAGACAGUGACUGUCUAUAAAUGUAUAAAAACAAAGGUUGAAGAAUAUGACCUUAUGUGGUUUUACUUGUGAAUGUCAAUUUGUUGGUGGUUUUAUUAACUGAUUUUAACAUAACAUUUCUCAUAUUUAUAUUUUAAAUCUGUUAUCAUCCAAGGGAAACUAAGGAAUUUAUACAGACUAAAAAAAUAUGCAUAAGAAUAUUUCUGAGCAGUUACAAAUUUCUUAACUUAGAAUCUUAUAUAAUUGUUUUGUUUGUCUGUCAAGCCACUGUUAAUAAAGAUAUUUGCAUUCCGUAAUAGUUUUCUAGAAGUACCAGGUACAAGAAAAAAACAGCUGAUAUCUUUAAAAAACAAAAUAAGCACAAAAGACACUAUAGUUCAGGACCCAAAACCAUCUGACCUCUGGAGAUCAAAAUGAGCUGUAGUCAGUGGCAGGCCUACGAUAUGACAUGAUUUGUAAGAACAUGAUAGGGCAAUAUUUUCAGAAUUCCUGUCACUUCAUAAAGGAAAAUGUUAUUCCUCAUGGGCCAAAACAAACAAAAAAAAAACUUGAAUGACUAUGUUCUUGUUUAUACCCUGGACAAUUACACACAGUGGUGCUUUCUUUGUGGUAUUUUGCACCCCUUGUGGUUAAAUAAGGGACCAUAAUAACAAUAGAAAAAAAAAAAAAAAAAACACCUCAAGCUUAAGCACUUGUCAUUUCCCAGUUACUGUUGUCAUGAAAAUACUAGGGUGUACUUGGGAAUAUGAUGGAGUGUAAGCUCAGGAAAAAAAACAAAACAAAACAACAAAACAAACCCAAAGCAUAAAAAAUGUAACUGAACAUCUGUGUCUCCCUAUUCAUAUAUUCAAUGCAUGUUAAGUGUUCAGUGGCUACCUCUAAUCAAGUUGAGUGUAUUUCUCGCACACUCUAUUCUUUGUCACUCAAAAAGCACAAGAUAAGUCAUUAAAUGUAAUUUAAAAAAAAUUGAUAUUAACGAAUUUAAUCUAUUUAUGAUUCUGUUGUGGUUUAGAAUCACUUGUCAUUGAGCGCUACAAAAUUAUAAGUGUAGUUGCCGCCAAUAGGUUCCAAUGGGGACAUAACUUAUAAUGCUUUUGUGCCUAAGUAUCAUUAUAAGUGUCAAUUAAAACACUCAAUUGCUUUCAUUUUGAAUUUUGCAGUAUUGUAGCACCAAACCCAUUGCAGAAUAAUAUAUGUAUGCAAGUAACACACUGCAUUAAAAAGUGCAAUAGAAGUCAAUUACAGUGAGGGUCUCACUUUAGAACUUACAGCAGGGACCCUGUUUUAAACCCACCUCAAUGAAUUGCCUUAUUUUAAAAUGUUUCCUAUGUUGUUUGCUUUAGAAUAGCAGUCAAGCCCUGCAAUGGAUUGUGAUGAUGAGGGGGGUAAACCAGAGCCCGAGGCAGCAGUUCCAGGCCUUACAAGAGCAGUAUAUGGAGAAGCAGAAAGAUGAACUGCAGCCAUCAGAGAGCUUCUGCAAGCAGGGAGGCAGACCACUUCAGCGCUGAGGAUGACCUCAAGCUCCUGGAGCGGGACAGGGAACCUGCUGGUGGCCUUAGCACAAAGAUAUUAGAGGAUGAACAGCUUCAGGACCAGCUGAGGGAGGUGCAAGAUGAGAACAGCAGGCUUUACAAACUCCUCAGUGAGAGGGACUUUGAAAUGAAACACCUGAAGAAGAAACGAGAGGAGGACAGGCUUGCUUUAGCAGGUACCUCUGGCAUGGAAGGUGACGUGGCAGCCACUAAAAUAGUGGAGCUGUCCAAGAGAAACCGGGAGCUGACAGUGGAGAUGGAACGAGAGAAAGCCAAGGUGAAACUACAUAGCAACAUAUUAUACUGUCUCGGUUUAUUACAUACAUGUGAUUUGCAGAUAAAACAAGAAACAUUUUAAUACAUUUCUUCUUCAUAUUUCAGGAGUUGUUUACUCAAUGUAUAGAGAAUUCUACUUGAAGCCGCGAGAGCAAGCAAAAGCCCUGCUGGAGAAAUGAGUCUGUUUGAACGUUUUUAGCAAUUUAUGUUUUUUAUUUUAAACUCAAUUAUAGUAUAUAGUGUUUGUUAAAAUAUCAUUCAAAAAAACAAACAUGACAUACAGCAUUUAUCAUGGGCCUUCGGGUGAGUUUGUUAUACAUCAGCUGCUCACCGCCUAUGAUGUUAACACCAUAUGUCAUGUUUUUUUAUGACCUAUAUGUUUAUGGCCUGAAUGCUUACAUCAAUAGGAAAAUACUGUGUGUGUAUAUGUAAAAAAUAAUAUAUAAAUAUAUUUAUAUACUAUACAAAUUCCUACAUCAUGACGUUCACUGGUUGGCAGCUUCAUUUAAAAACAAACAAGCACAAUCUGACAGAAAAUAAAGACACAGACUUUGAACCAAACAAUGACAAGAGCUCAAUAAGUGAUGUUCAGACCAAUUCCAAUUAGAACUGAAGAUGCUUUUAAAAGAGAACACAAAUACAAGGCAGACACCUGUAAACCUCACACAUUUGUGUUCAGUGAGCGAAAUAACACAACACAAAAUAUGCAUUAUGCAUGU